UUGACCUCUUGUCCUCGCGAGGCUGCAGAGCUCUCGGUGGCAACUGGCAAGCAAGCGACCUGAGGCGCAGCUCCUCUGUUCGGGUCCAUCGCUUCCGAGUUCUGAGUUCCGGUUCCCCGCCGCUUCCGGCCGCGGCGAUGCCUCCUGUCGCGCCGCCGGCGGAUCAGAAGGCCGGGCCCGGGCCGAGGCAGCCGCGGCACGCGGGGACACUGGCGGCGCCGCGCGAGUCGCUGGCGCAGCGGUCGGCGUCGUUCCACGGGCUUGGCGCGGCCGAGCAGCAGCUGCAGCAGCGCGACGGCCUGCUGCUGAGGCAGAGGCCCCGGACGCACCCGGACCUGCUCGCCGGCGUCAGGGACCGGAGCUUCCGGCGAACCGGCACGGACCGGGGCGGCGACGCUGCGGCUGCCCGUGCCCCGUGGGCGGGGGCCGGCGGGAGGGCGGCGCCGAGCAAGGUGCUGGUGACCGUGGCCGUGCAGCGGAGCAUGUGGCCGCUGCACGUGAUGGCGCGCGCCGAGUGGCGCGUCGCGGACCUGGUCGCCGCGGCCGUGGGGCUCUACGUCAGGGAGCGCCGCCGGCCGCUGCUGCCGUCCGCCGACCCGUCGGCGUUCGGGCUCCACUACUCCCAGUUCAGCCUGCAGAGCUUGGACCCGGACGAGAAGGUCGUGGAGCUGGGGAGCAGGAGCUUCUUCCUCUGCCCCAAGGCUGCUGCGGCUGCGGCUUCUUCCUCUACCUGUCCAACCGAAGCCAGAGAGGUAACUGCCGCCCCUGCCGACAGGCCAAGCAUGCUACCGCCAUGGCUUGGCUUCGUGCACUUCUGGCCGCUGUUGUAGCGUAGCCUCAGAUCGGCAGAGACCACUUGUAAACUGUAUUCUACUACCUAGAUUCCUAGAUUGUACGUUUGUGCUUAGUCAGCUAAGGAUCAAGCACAUCCACUGUCUUCGCUCCUGCCAAUGAAUUUUCAGUGGUUGCCUGGACGCAAUUGUCAGCC